AAAAAAGAUUGCUGAUAAACACAGCCCAUAGGUUUCAAAAUCCUGCAAAGUUCUAAAUAUUGCAGGAAAAAAAUUUCUGAUUUUGAAAAUUGGAACGGAUUUUCCUCUGCCGUGACUAACUUUUAUGUGGGUGAUAUAAAAAAUGGAAACCUGGCCAUCACCGCCUUUUCAACACCUUGUGCCACGUUCACAUCCCCACAAACGUACAAGUGGGUACCAUGUUCCAUCAGGGCUAUUGGGAUAGACCGACCCUCCUCUCGAAUUAGGUCUUGAACAUAGGUCUAAAUUGGAUCCAUAAAGAAAGAUGAGAAAAUUACUUACAAUAACAACAUAAAGGGCCGAGGUUUUGGUUCGGGAUCCAUGAAACAAAGUUCAAUUUCCGAAUUCGGCUCCUUUCUUGACACCUAUGGCCAUCUCGUCACAGAAUCCUUUAAAUGGAGCGAUUCCUGUACCCGGGCCGACAAGGAUGACGGGGGCGCUUUUAUCGUCCGGCAAACGAAAUGAUGGCGCACUAAGAAAAAAUGGACAGCAUUUCAAAUGGACGCUUCCAAAUUCCUCUAUGCCAGACGAGACGAUGACCAAGGCUGGAGAGAAAUUUACGACUCAAGGAAUCCAGAACAUAACGCGUUUCCCACGAAGGAAGAGUACUCUGCGAUUAAACAAGAGGUUUAUGUACAUGGAAAGGCCACCUUGUAUCGGCUUGCAUUGCAAAACCUGGCGCCACCCGGAAAUAAGAAGGGAGACUGCAAAACUUUGCAAAAACGAGAUGCAGAUACACAAACUGAAAAUACUGUCACCAAUGAAGUCAACCUUCCCGUGCUAGUUAAUGAUAACGCGGGAUCCAGCAGCCACAGCAUUACGCAUCAAGUUAUUAGUGCAUUGUCCCCAGAGGAUUUCAGCCAGCUUUACUUUAUUGAAAUUGCUACUGAAAAACUGGAAAGUUGGAAGGGAAGACUGACCGGGAUCGAACCUGCCUUGUUGGGAAAGGAUUUUAAUACUUUCAUCUUGUUGACUGUUGAAGAUUGUUUGCAAACACCAGGCAAAACUGAAAUCCGUUACCAUGCCUUUGCUCCAAAUACGUGGAAGGAAGCAGUCAAUCAAUACGCGGAAAAUGGGCCAAUAUCUUGUGGGACAAAAUCACUUUUGAGAAAGUUAUUUACACAAAUCGAACUUGAAACGCGUACACCUGGUCGGAGACAAAAAGCCAAAAACUUAGACAAGGAAAAGAAUAAGCCUGCUAAAUUGGAUGUGACACUUGACAAUGGCAGACAAACACAGCUCCUUGAUGCACUCUGGUACCAUGUUAAUAACACAGACGCGCCGUCUUGUACUAAACCAAAACAUCAUGGACCUUGGAAAAUUUCGCUGCAGGAAACUUUUAGAAUUGACAUACUUCAUUACGGAACUAGAGAAAUUAGAGCCAAGAAUAAGAAGAAAAUAAAACAGGGAUUUUUAAAUGGUAAUUGACUAAAUAACUAAUCCGUAAGCAGGACAAUAGUGUAUCAUUACAUGUAUCUGUGUGUAUGUUGUAUGUAGCAAAAAUAAAAUAUAUUUGGGUUUUGUAAACAAAUAAAUCUUAUUACUAUAUUUUCAAAUAUUUAAGUAAAUAUGUAAGGCUUUAAAUUAAGCUAGAUAUAUAUGUACUAUAUUCUACUUUCAAAUUUAGCAUAUAUUAAAAUAGUACAAGUUUAUUUACAACUUAAUAACAUAAUAAUUUUGUGCAAAUUUCUUCUCAGGCUUAAAGAAAUAGGAUUUUCUCACUUUUUUUAUUUAUCUUUGCAAAUUAAGUAUAUAAACUUCUCUCCCAGUUUACAAUAGUUAACAGUCAAAGUUUCACAGUUUACGGAUGAAUUACACAGUAUUAAGUAAAAACAAGUUGUUUUUUAAA